CUUGUAGACGGAGCGGCAGCAGCGGUAGCCCCAGGAAGCAGAAUUUUUUUCCUGGGUACUAAGAAGACAAUGGCGCGCUUUACGGGCCUUUGUUCCAUACCAAUCGAGAUGGAUGAGUCCAUGAAUAUUAUGGAACUUGUCUCUAAGCUGAAAGAGCAGGAGUGCUCCUCCUUUGGCCUGGAUGAUGCUUGCAGAGCGGACGGUGGCUGGCCAAGUCCUGGCAUGAAGGAACUCACGUCUCCUGAAUCCACCUCCUGCAGCCAGAGAUACGAGGGGAGGGCUUAUGGCGGUGUCCAGUGGAUGGGUACUGAUAGAAGCUGUUGUCCAGUACACUCACAGACUCCCGGGAGACAGGUGGCAUAUUCUGACACUCCGAGGCUAUCCCAUGUCCCUGCAAGAGCCAGUCUCGACCCCGGCGGACUCCGACUUCAACCCUGCGGGGUAGGGGACCCUGAGGGAGACGCAAAAAGCAUCCCCCCGUUGGGGGAAGGUGGCGUCUCUGGCCGUUCUGGUCAAAACAGGCCUGAGAACCUCCCCAGCAAGGACACAGGAUAUGAGUCCCAUGUCCAAAAGGAGCAGGAUGAACUGGAUCCUCCUCUUCCUCUGAGGUCUGACAUCGGCUACACAAUGGCGCCCCAGGGUCGCUAUAACAACAGAUCAGGAUGUGGUCCCUACAUGCCUCCUCCUGAUGUUUGUCCCAUGGGCUGCCGGUGUCUCUACUCCCCACGCUGCCCUGAACUUCCAAGAGGAGACAUGGAUCCAAGAUUGUUCAUGCAUCAGCACAAGCAGCCCGUUGGCCAUGCCCACCUCCCGGGUCAUCAUCCUGCGUCCCAAGUGGACGUCGGACACUGGAGAGGGCCAGAAGUCUGGCCGGGGAACCCUGAGGCAGAGUGCGCCGUCAACGUUCCAUACUACGAGGCCCCGCCUCUGGAGGUCAUGUCCGAAGUCAGUGUGCGUCCAAGCCCCCUUCAACCAAGAGGUCCCGCCGAAGCCCAGGGCAAGAGGAAGACCAUCAGCCUCCCUGACGAGUGCCGUAAUGUUUUUGUCACCUACUCUGUGGACUCCGCCUCCGAAAUAGUUCCCUUUGUGGAAUUUCUCACCAAUCAAGGCUUUCGUCCAGCUAUUGACAUAUUUGACAACCAAGUAAGAAGCAUGGAUAUCAACAAUUGGAUGGACAGCUACUUAAAAGAUAAAUCAGUGCUCAUCAUCAUAGUCAUCAGUCCUCAGUACAAGGCCGACAUUGAAGGAUCUGGUUUGGAUGAACAUGGCCUGCACACCAAGUACAUCCAUUCAAUGAUGCAAAAUGAAUUCAUCCAGCAAGGAAGCCUAAAUUUCCGAUUCAUCCCUGUGCUCUUCCCAAAUGCGACCCAGAAACACGUGCCCGGGUGGCUGCAGAACACACGGGUCUACCGCUGGCCCCGCGACCUGGAGGACCUCCUGCUCAGACUGCUCCGCGAGGAAAGGUACAUCCCGCCCCCGCUGGCCAAGGAGGUGACCCUCACCAUCCGCCCCGUCACCGCAGACCGUCCCAACACCAUGUGAGGAACGACGUCCUUGGCGUUUGUGAAUAACCUUGAACAGGUAACAUUCUGAUAAAGGAAGAUCAGACUUCUGCUACAUGAAAUAGUAUGUGGAAAAACAUCAGCCUCUAGUGGUAGGCUGUAGGUUAGGUCACCAGAGACGUGUUGGAAACACGC